CCGGUUACGGAGGAGGCCUCAGCUUCCGGUCGGAUUGUCCGGGGCGAGCGCCGCUGCCGGAGGCACAGUGAGAGGGAGAGAGUGGGGAGCGCCACAGGAGGAGCCAACACCGACAGCGCCCGGGCCUUCGCCUCAUCCGAUCCCAGCCCCAGCCGUCGCGAUGCCGCGGGGAGGUAAACGAGGACACAAAGGGAGGGCGAAGCAGUUCACAAACCCAGAUGAGAUUGAUGCGCAGAUGAAAGCUGAGAAAGAAAAGGCAAGAGACCAGCCUGAAAAUGAAAGUGAUUCUGACAGCAGUGAAGAUGAUUUGGAGCCCAAGAAGAAAGGAGUGGAAGGUUUAAUAGAAAUUCAGAACCCAAACCGUGUGGUGCAGAAGAACAAGAAAAUUACUGCUUUGGAUCUCAAUCCCCCAAACCGUGAGCUCAGCAGGAGAGAAAGGGAAGAGAUAGAGAAACAGCAGGCCCGGGAGAGGUAUAUGAAACUCCACUUGGAGGGGAAGACUGAACAGGCGCGUGCUGACCUGGCACGGCUCGCCAUCAUCCGGAAACAGCGGGAAGACGCAGCCAAGAAGCGGGAGAGUGAGAAGAAAGGAAAGGAAGCCAAGGCCUAGCACCAGAUCUGCCCGACAGAUUCAUCUGGUAACUUGGAAGGGGCAGGCUGGGGCAGUCAGACUGUCUGCUCCCACACAGCUCAUCUCCUCUGCCCAUCACAAAACAAAACAAAACAAAAACCCCACAAAAAAAAACUCCCCAUCACACCACAUGCUGCAGCUGGGCCCAGCCAGAGGGAAGCCUGCAUUGUUUGAAUUGUUGUUCUUCCAAUAACCGUGAAUAAACAGGUGUUGUUUCAAAAUAAAACAAAUCCAGCCAUGUGCUUGUAGAAGCACCGUGGGCAUUCUGUCAAAUGGAAGACUGAAAGACUUGUUCAAAGGAAGUGCCAUGGUCUGUCGGGCACUGAAACAGUUACGGUUGUAAAAAGUAGAGUGACUUCGGGUGCUUAGGUCCCACCAGCCACAGGUCUGUAACGAGCUGCAAGUUCACUGCCUUUCCAUCUCAUUGGUGGCUUUCUUACAUUUAUCAAUCCUGGCACCAGGCUAGCCUGGGUUAUAUUUCUGGGGCCAGGUGUAGGUGGGAUUUUCACCCAAAGAUUAACCUCUGCUGUCAUUGUCCAUCUGUGGCUGAUAUCUUUGACAAAAGUUGUGUGAGUAUAUCGUUUCAUAGAGGGUUGGGGAGGGGUUUUAAAUGAUUGGCUUCGCUGUUUAGACUUCGGAAUGUUGUUUGGCAUAAAUAGGCUGCAAAGCUCUUUCAAGGGUGUGGUUUUGUUUUAUUUUUGGGGGGGGGGGGGGGUGCUGGUUGGAAGGGUGAAUUAAUAGCACUGUCCAUAUGCUGAAUUUGCAUUCUCUACCUUCAUUUUGAUCUCCUGUUAUCAUUAUUUUCUAACUUGAGUCUGGGUGUUUCAUUUUCUCCUUCUCUGUGAAAUUACUGCCAUGCCAAUAUAUUUGCAAGCUUCAUUGGUUGGUGCUAUGAGCCAGGUAAAAUAAGGAAUCUCUUCUGGUGUGAGAUCAGGGACUGUUGUUAUGCAGUAUAAAUCUGACAUAGUUGGAAACGACAAUUAACUUCUUUAUUUUCCCCUUUGGGCAGGUUAUGAAUUGUAUCUAACUGCUAUAUCUGCAUCCCCUGUUUUGUUUAUUUCAUGCUGUUGCUUUUGGGGUUUGGUUGAAUGGAUAAUUCUCCUGAAAAGGAGAUCACAAGUGCUGGAAAACAAAACCAUAAACAGCAUUCUGAACUAAAAGUCCUAGCUUCCUUCCUGGGCUUGGUUGCUAGUGUGAGCUGGUGGAACUGGGUGGUGUUGCCGGUUGUGAGGAGGUGGAAAUGUUAGAUUUUUUGAGCUGCUUGUAUGCUGUAGGAUCCCACUCCUGUUUGCUCUUCAGUGGUUGCUGCUGGCAAAUCCACGCACAGUGGUGGGUGGACUGGUUACUCCGCACUGCUCCUGGAGGUCAACUUGCCUGUAACAUUUUGAGGUGGUUGAUCUGCAGAAGGAAGGUGGGGAUCUCUGAGUGAGAAGCUGCUGCCUGUAAGCCCAGUAAGGUGACUGGAGUUUGGGGCAAGUAGACUCAUCCAGAGGACAGUGGACUCGAGUUGUCAACAGCUGAUGUCUGAGUUUCCAAGGACUGGUAUCGAGAAAUAUUUCUCUUGUUUUGUCUACACUCACUGGCAUUUUUGUGCCUAAGAGCUGUCCAGAUGAUGUCAGAAGGACAAAUACCCACCAAAAAGAUGGAGUAGCAGAAAGAGAAAGGUUGGUGUUUUGCCCUUUCUCCUUCAGGCAAUGAUUCAAUCUCUAGAUUUGCAGCAGUUUUGGGCUUUGGUCUCUGGGCCCCCUUAAAAUGUUAACAAUCAGCAAAUCCCGCAAUCGCCUCUGCUUGGUGAAACCCGCUAGCUGAAACCAAACUGUAACACAGGGUGACACUAUCACUCAUUGUUUUACAAGAAGAAUUCUCUCCUGUUUGAUGGGAUGUUGUUUAUUUUGACAUGAAUGGUUCUGGAUCUGUAAUUUUGACCAGUCUUUCUGUGAAGCCAUGCAUUUAAGAAGCAAAGCAGCCCAAGUGAAAUUUGCUGUAUCUCAGACAAUCUCUCAUAACCCCACUUCCCUAGUUUGAUGGGGCCAUUGUCUUGCUAAAGCACUGCUGGUGCCACUCCAGGUCUCUGCAGUACCUCGGACAAGAUCACUUUGUGAUCCAGCUGUGCUCACAACACAAUUUAGGGCCCAUAGUUCACUAUACCAUUUCCUCUCUACCUGUAGUACUUUAGUCAGUGCCUGCUGAAUCGUGUGCCUUCUAAACAUUUAUGCUACAGCCAACUUAUCACCUCCACCUUUGGGCUCCCGAGUAAGGGAUUUGCAGUGAAAAGAUAUUAGUCACCAUUACCAUUUCAGAACACAAAAUCCCUCAGACUUAUUCUCCAUUCUGUACAGUUGCUUUAAUCCAUGGCUUCCUAGACAUGCAGUUACAUUCUCCAUUAUCCGCACGUGGUAUGUGUUAUCUGUAAUGUUUUGCGGAUUUAUAACAGUACUCCUAAGGCAAGACUUAAAUUUGAAACAGCCCUUGCUAAAGUUCAAGUGACAAUCCAUCACAGUACAACCAUCCUCCUGUCGACUUUAUUCAGGUGUGGUCAAAUUCUCCUGAUGUCUGACCUACCAUUUUGCCCACUGUGUUCCUCCAGAUUUCUAACAAAUGCAUUGUCAAAUUGCAGAAAUGCACGUUACACUAUGAUGAUUGUUGGCAGCAUUAUAGUACAGCAGAUGGUUUCUCAAGCACACAAUUUAGGCUUGAUUAAAAUAUUCCCAUUGGCUCAAGAAUGAUCAAAGCCAUUCUGCUAGACUAAUGUUUGUGAUUUCAGCUGACUACAGCUGGUGAUCUGAAACAUUGGUGUAACCAGCUGCAGAGUGUCUCGAUCCUACCUGCUUACAUCCCACGAAGCAUCAUGCUGCUUUCUGCCAGACUAAAUCAGAUGGAAAAACUGUGACUUGUAAACAGGACGGAACUUACCUUGAGCUCCUCUGUUUGGGCCAUAACAGGAGAUGGGUUUUCUGUCUCGGUUUUAUUCAAACUGACAUCCCUUUUUUCCACUUUUCUUUUAUAAGUGGUCGUUUUGUUAACCAGCUCCAUUCUGCAGUUGGGCACCCACUCUUUCGUGCUGUAGUUUGUUUCGUGGGAGCUGUCACCUGUCUGGAGUAUUCUCCACAGAAGCUUGGAGAUGGAGUUAAUGAACUGUCAAGGGCUUUAAGCCUAUACUGUGGGCUUCUGUUCAAAAGCAUCUGGGCUGAAACCCCUCUGCAAUCUAAUGUUGCGACAUAAUCACAGGGUUGAAGAAUGCUUUUUUUUAAUUUAAAUUGAAAUUAAACCUCUGAAAGAAACUGA